GGCAGAUAAACGACGGGAACGCGACGGCGAGGAGCACAGGCGGCUUUCUGUGCGGGUUUUGUUCCGGAAUUGCGAGAGAGGGGCGGAGACGGAAUAUUUAGAUGAGCCGUGAUUGACAGCUCCUGUUUCUCCAAUGCUCUCAGAAACUCGCCUGCUCCUUCCAGCAACUCUUCACUCUCCACUCCCGAGCACUACAAACAAACGGACGCUAGGGGAUCUUCAUGACGGCUCUCUGCUGAUCGCUCGCUCCUCUUCUGCGCUUUUAUUUGUUUUCUUUUAUUAGUUUAUCCCUGCGCGCGCUGGUUAAAUGCGCUGAUUGCAUCGAUCAGCCCGGUCUCUGCCCUCCCGCGUUCCUGUUCUGGAGAAGCUGUAAUAAUGUCCUAUCCUCAGGGUUACCUCUACCAGCCCCCGGGCUCCCUGGCGCUCUACUCCUGUCCGCUGGCCGCCCCGAGGAGCGAGGAGCUGGCCCGGUCCUCGUCCGGUUCAGCGUUCAGCCCGUACCCCGGAUCUGCGGCGUUCACAGCCUCGGCCAACGCUUUCUCCAGCCCUCUGCCCUACUCCACAGAUCCAGCCACGGGAUUCCCGUCCUACAUGGGCUCUCCGUAUGACGCGCACACCACGGGAAUGGCAGGAGCCAUCAGUUAUCACCCGUACGGGAGUCCCGGUUACCCGUACCAGCUCAACGACCCCGCGUACCGGAAAAACGCCACGCGGGACGCGACGGCGACGCUAAAAGCGUGGCUCCAGGAGCACAGGAAAAACCCCUAUCCCACUAAAGGAGAGAAGAUCAUGCUGGCCAUCAUCACCAAGAUGACCCUCACGCAGGUGUCCACCUGGUUCGCCAACGCCAGAAGAAGACUGAAGAAGGAGAACAAGAUGACAUGGGCACCACGGACUAAAAGUGAGGAUGAGGACGAGGACGACGGCGACGGGGAGAGAAAAGACGAGCGCACGGAUAAAAACACGGACAACAGUGAAGCGUCUGCUGAGGACGAAGGCAUCGGUUUGCACCUGACAGAUCACUCGUGCUCGGUAGAAUCUGACGGAGAGAAGGUCACGUGCAGAACCGGAGACCGGGUCUGUGAUUCUGGACCCGAUAUCAAGGACAAAUGUGACUCUGGUGAUCUGGACACGGGCCUCGAGGACAGGCAGAGAGCCCCGACACCCGAGCCGCUGACCUCCUCCCCUCUGACCGCGGUGGAGGCCCCUCUCUUGACCCAUCAUCACCGAGAGAACAGCACCAACAAAACAUGUCUGGACGGUCAAAACCAAAGCGUCAAGCCUAAGCUGUGGUCAUUAGCCGAGAUCGCCACUUCAGACCCAAAGCAGCAGCAGAACUGUCCCCCGGGCGUUGGCCUUCUGACCUCCCCGGCGUCCAGCGCGUCUCCGGCGGGCGCAGUGUACCCCGCCACCUCUAUAUUAGGAAGACCGCUUUAUUACACCUCGCCGUUUUAUAGUAGGCCUAAUUACACAAACUAUGGCAGCUUCAGCCCGCUGCAGGGCCAGGGGAUACUGCGAUAUAACUCAUCUGCUGAGGGACUCCUCCGAGCCGAGCCUCUGCUGAAGACCAGUCCAAACCAGACCGAGCAGCACUUCCGGGCCUCCGGCGCAGACUCCAAAAAAGACCCCAGCGAGGUGUUCACAGUAAGAUCCCAGUCAUACCUGUCGAGUUAAAGACGAGGAGGAUCUUCAAGUAGGUGUCACAAUUGCUUUGAACAAAGCGAACAAGCCAUCACCCCCCCCCCCCCCCCCCCCCCCCCAUGCUGUUUCAAACUAGCAUUUGCUCUUCCGUGGAUCUUUAUGUGUGCCACUGUACACCCACGGACUACAGAGCACCUGCCUAUAGAACAAUAACACGUGCGAUUAUGGAAGGGAAGAGGACAUUCUUUUUUAAGGCACAAAAGCCAGUCUGGUUUGGAUGAACUGUUGUGUGACUGUACUUUACCCCAACACAUGUGACUUUCGAUGAGGAGACGAUUUCUCAGGAUCCCUACAGUAGCUUCAUUGCCGCCAGUCGUGCACGCGCGUGGGCCUCUCUAGACCUGUCAGACUCUCAGUGCUAGCAGUCGUGCACGCGCGUGGGCCUCUCUAGACCUGUCAGACUCUCAGUGCUAGCAGUCGUGCACGCGCGUGGGCCUCUCAGUGCUGGAGGUGUGGAGUGUAAACGAGAACUCGGGACUGGUUUAAACUUGACUAAGAGUGGAAUACAUUUGAUAUUUAUUUUUGUAGUAAUGCCUAUAAUUUAUGCAAGUUGUAUUGCAACGGUAACCGAGCAUUGUUUUGUAAAUAAACCAUGAUUGGUUUUUAUUUAAAAAGCCGAAGUUACGCAAUGUUGUUAACAAGGAGACUUUUACUAAUUUAUAUCUCUGAUUGUAAAUAAAAAGCGCUAGUCUGCACUGGCACCAUGUGGACUGCCCUGUUUUUCAACACUUAA